CAAGUAUAAUAAGGGGCGGGCUUGCGGUUCUCCACUAGGCAAGAGAGAGUUCCAAACUAGCUUCAAGGAGAACUAAAGGAAGAAACGUUGGCUCUUCCUCCCAAUGGAUUCCUCCUUCUUCUACCCCACAAGCUAUCAACACUCGCCGGAAUCCUCCAUCGGCUCGCCGGAGUCCUUCCCGUGGGGCCACAGGCUCUUCUACUCCGAGCAAGAGCCCCUCCCCUUCGACGUGAAUGACUCCGAGGAGAUGCUCCUGCUCGACAUGCUGGCGAAGGCCUCGUCGUCGUCGGAUGCUAGCGACUCCAAUACGAACCAGCCCAAAGAAGAGGAGGUGGACUCGAAGAGCAAGGCAGGGAAUGGCACCAAAGAGCAGAGCUACCGAGGGGUGAGGCGCAGGCCGUGGGGAAAGUUCGCAGCGGAGAUUCGUGACUCGACUCGGCACGGCAUUAGGGUGUGGCUUGGAACCUUUGACAGCGCAGAAGCCGCGGCGUUGGCCUACGACCAGGCAGCGUUCUCGAUGAGGGGAUCGAUGGCGGUGCUGAAUUUUCCGGUGGAGCGGGUCCGGGAGUCGCUGAGGGGGAUGAAGUAUGGGGAGGAGGAGGGGGUGUCGCCGGUGGUGGCGCUGAAGAGGAGGCACUCCAUGAGGAGGAAGUCUAUGGGGAAGAAAGGGAAGGGGAGGGAGGCGAGCAUAGAGAGUGUGGUGGAGUUGGAGGACUUGGGGACAGAGUAUCUGGAGGAGCUUCUAAGGCAAUCAGAGGUUGCUGGCCCUUGGUGAAGCUGAACCACUUCAAUUAUCUUGACUUUGUUCUCUUUAUUUGUAUGAUCUUUCUCUGUAGUUUCUCUUUGUUUCCAAUUCCUUUCUUGUUUCCUUAUAUCUUUCUUUCCUUUUUUUUCUCUCUCCUUUUUUCUUUUUUUUUCCUUUGGUUUUAAGGGACAAUGAGGUAGAGAACUCCGCUUCUUGUUUCCUUCAAUUGUUCAAUCUAGGGGGAACUAUUUUCUUUUUGACUCCCUGGAUGGCAAAAAUGUAAUAUUAAGCGUUUUCGGUGUCUUGCUUCUUCCUAAUGCAAUCCAUUAGCUGUUUGUAAUGUAAAGUGAAGAGUUUAUGGU